CAAUGUUUUGGCCACAGGGGGUCAGGCUAGUUCUUCCUCAUACUGCGUGUUAGGCCUGGUUUCAGAUUAAGCUGAUGCCACUCAAGUGUUUUGGAAUGUUACAGUGCAAGUUUGUAAAGCAUAAAAGUCAAAUAGAAUUUAUUUUUUUUUAAUGUUUCAUAUUCAAGCUCUGUGCAAGCUGUCUGCUGGAUUUUUUUUCUGUAGCUUUUGAGUUAAUAAAACUUGUAAAAAAUGAGCACAUUAUAAAUAGUAAAAUAAUUAGAAAAUAUAACUUAUGAACUCUGCAGAAAUAGUGGUAUAUGUGUUUUGUAGCCAACCUGUUCUUUAUACUGAGUUUUUAUAGCUUUCUGUUUUCAAAACUGUUGUGGAAAAAUAACAAUUUGUACAAACGUAUGCUGACUGCAACAUUUGUAGUAGGUUGGAAAAGCACAGAAAAACUUUUCAACACCAGCUGAAUCCAAGAUGUAUUUCUUCAGUAUUCUCAACAUUUCCUUUGCCAAGAACCCUGGCUCAAGGCAAAAUUGGCUGUGAUGACAUGGUUGCUGGUUCAGAAUUGACACGGCCGCAUAGUUCUGGAAGAAAAUAUAUAAUCAAUUUGCAGGCUUUCCACCUCUGUUUUUUUAAUUUCUACAUUGUCUUCUUGUUGGGUAGUAAAGCCUAUGAGUAGUGAGCUUCCACAGGGUGAUUGCCUCCUCUCUUCUUGCAGUAACUAGUGGUAUCUUAAUUUUUGUAUUAAUUGCAAGUGGAUCUUACCAGAAAGUUACAAAAUCAAUUUUUCAUCUGACAGAGUUAAAAUACUCCUGGUAGUCUCAGAUUUUAAGACUAGCUGUAUCCUGUCAGUGUUGUCUUAAGUGAGGAGUCAAACCCUAAUCAGCAGUUGUACCAUUUAGGCUUUAUCCUAAUAGGUGGUAGCUGGACUUAUUUGUCUGUGGCCUUUUAAGAUGUUGAUGUAAAACUCAGAUGGAUAUGAGAAAGUUCUUAUCAGGUAGUUGUGAGAUCCGAUGAUUUCCUUACUUUCAAAUAAUGUAAGGAUGGAGUGUUCUUGCUGUGCAAUGUCAGAAUUAAGAGGUUAACAUGACCUCAUUAUUCUUCAUACUAUCAUAGAAAAUUUUCUGGUGACUUUAGAAGUUCAGCAUGCUUCCAUGGUUUUUCUGAGAUGCUUGAGGCAGCCCAACUUUGAUGCUUCUUAUGGUAGAAAAUACAAUGGAAUAGAUUCCUAAAGGGCAGAGUGAUUACAAGUUUUAUAGAACAGAGCUUGUGUGGUUUAAGUAAAUUUCAAAACAGAAUCAUAAGAAACAAUGUGAUUAUAUCAAGGUGUUCCAUCUAAACUAUUUCCACCAUUGUAAUUUUUAAAAUUAAGAAUAUCUUCUCAGCUGUGCAUGUUAACUAAAGUUAAAGCUAUUAGAACUGAAACAAACUAGAUCUACAAUUUACUGAUGUAUGAAAUAUAUCAUAAAUUUUUCAAGGUCUCUCUUCAGAAAAUAUUCUCAUUUAACAGAAAGGCAUUCAGAAGGUGGCCCUACCCAGUUCUUCCAGUAUGGAAUCAAUUUACAUGCAAAAGAAGCUAGCCUAUUCAUGUUCAUGCUGUUGAUGAGGGGCUGGUUUUAUUUUUUUUGGAGAGAGUUGAAAGUAAUCUCUAUGUAAUGCGUUUUUACUCCAAGAUCCAACAUCUUGGCAGCUGGACAUUACAAAACUGAGAAUAUAGGAGUGUACGCCAAACGUGCCAGAUCCGUGCAAUGAAUUCUUCCCUGAGCAUGAUUUUUGCCAGACAGAUUAUCAGUUUUAUUUCAUUUACUGCUCUGUCACCACUCUGCAUAGAAUACCCCACUUGUGGAGGAGUUACAACAAGCCAUAUCCCUCCUACUACUUUAAUAUUGCCAAGCAGAGGGGCCUUUAAUUCCUACUAGAAAGUUUUCCUCUUUCUGUCUUGGCAAGAUGGUGGUAACUCCAUGGCAUGAAGUGGAUCUCCUGGUUGUGUCAUCCCAUGAGGAAAGGGCUAUAUUUGUCACUCUGGACACUUGCAAAUGGUUGCAGUUGCAGUUUUGCAGUUGCAAAAUGUGUGCUAUGAUGAAUGCCUUCCUGCAAGAUAGGAUCUAGUUGAAGGGCAAUUAACCUAGAGUCAAAAGAGCCAUUUGCAGAGACCACCUUGGCCACCUUUGGGAUAAAUUGAGUUUUUCUCUGCAGUUUAUGUGGCUAUCAUUUCAGUUCAUGUAGAUGGAUUUGUGGUGUCCUAAAAUGACAGGUCAGGUGACUGUAAGACAUUCAGGACAUGUGGAUAGGCUUCCAGAACUGCUCAUAUUUUCUUGUGUAUCUCUGUCUUGUGUGCUUCCAAGUACUUUGUCAAAUACCAUUUUGCCAUGUAUAAUAUUCACAGUGUGUGUAUGUUGUGUAGUGCAUUGCUCAGACCUCUUAAAAGUAGAUGAUGGCACAGCAGCAUUGCAGUGUAAGUUACUGCAUUGGAUGACUGAGAAGAUGAUGAUUCAGACUUGUAGUUUUUUGUAAGGUUAUAUGUAAGCAUCCCCUAAAUAGCAAAAUAAUUUCCUUUGGGAGUAAAUAAUAACACUGCUGUGAUACUAACAAACAUGAAAAUGAGCUGAAUUCAAUUUUUGGAAAGUAUAAUGUCAGCAUGCUUCAAAAUUUUGUGGAGAUCCUUCUGUGUCCUUCUAGGCUUGAAACUUCAUGUUGAUUGCAGAUAGGACAUAAUCAGUAGACUGUCAGAUAAUAGAAUUAGUAUUUUUUAAGUUGUUUUAUCAUCAUGAAUCAAACAUAAUUAUACAAAGUAAAUGCAAAAUAAAUGCAUAAAUCUUACUUUCACCCAGAGUGUGGCACUGCAUCAAUUACAAAUGCAUCUUCCAUAUGUAUAAGUUGAUUUCUUUGGGUGUGUGUAGAGGUAACAUUAUGUGAAGAAAGCCUGAAUAGUUAGUUUGUGUAAUACACCAAGCUGAUAUGUUGCUUGCAGUUUGAGGUUUUGAUUUUGAGUUACUUCAUUAUUUCUAUCAUGCUUUCUUGAAAGACAAAGAGAAUAAGAUUAAAUAUGUUACAAAUACGCUCUACACUUACUUCUUGCCUGGUUUGUCUUUUUUCCCAAGGCAUCUUGUUACAGAAGUGGCAGAAAAUAGGCAGAGAGUUAAAUUAAUAGCCUGUUUUGCUGAGAAGUAUAAAAUACACUUUAAAAUAAUUCCACUAAUUAUUCUAGGUAUGUUUAAACUAUUUGUUCUUCAGCUUUAAACGAAUGUUCAAAUUACGAUUCAAGACACUGUCUCCCAUAUUGGACAAGUUAGAGACCUGGGUAAUGUCCUUUCUACUUGCUUUUGUCACUUAAAUGAUAAAAAGAAAUUGGAUACUAAGAAUUUCUGUCCUGUCUUGCUUGCAUGUCUGUUUCUGCUGUUUGUCUUUUCAAGAUUUUCAAAUAAAAUUUGUUAAAGUGAGAAAAGAGAAGAAACUGACAGAAAGCCAUUCCGAAGUAGUGGAAAAUACUGAACAAAGGAGUCCCCAUUCAGAUUCCCAGUCUGGAAUGCUUGAAGCCAAUGGAAAUUUUGUCAAGAUGCGGAACACUUCACAGCCUGUGGGAGAAAGUCAUGAAAAUAUGGAUGUGGAAAAGAUGCAGCUUCAGAAAAGUAAUGGAGAUGCCAUCUCUUUGAGUAGAGACAGCUUGGAAACAAAUGAUUCAGUUUUAGCUUCUGGACCUAAUCAAAGUAUCAUGGGAGUUGGAUUGGAUACCUUGGAAGAACAAGAAGAAAAAGAGAACUUCUUUGCCAAGCUAGAACAAGAAGCUUCCUCUACUAUUGAUUUUUCAAGAUUAAAUAAAGAGCUGGAUUCCAAUGAUUCUGUCAUACUAGCACCAUUUAUACGAAAUGAAAAAGCUGAAAAAGAAGAAGAAUCUGCACAUGAAGAGAAAUCUGGUAGCUACAGUGAAGAUUUUGAAGAAGAAACAGAUACUAAUUCUGCCCUUAAAACUGAGGGAGAUCAGGUGAAUCAAAAAGUCGUGUCAGAAGUUGAUUUAAGUCCUCAAGAACAGGAAGAAGCAAACACUGGCAUGCUGGCUAAAGUUGUAUUGCUUGAUUCACAAGAUUCCACUGUAGAACUUCAGAAGGCCAUUGAAACAUCAGAUGUAGCUCCAGGUGAACAUGAUCAGCCUGAAGAAGUCAGUGCAAUUGAAAUAAAUGAAGCAGGUACUUCCUGUGGACAAACCACCAGUGACAUGGAAGCACUACACCAGGCGUAUCAUCACAUUGGUCAGUCUUUGGGAGACACUGAUGAACAGAAGCUGCACAAUUCUGCAGUGGCAGUCUCAGAAGGCUUAGGGCAAAGCAGUUCACAAAAUAAUGACAUCUAUACAAAAAACAUGUCAACUGUUGAUUCAGAUUUACCUACUGUGGAGGAAUUGAUGAAAACAAUUAAAGGACAUAGUAUCAGAAAUUUUGGUGUUGACACUGAAAGUCCUGUGAAACUGGUAGGCAGCACAGAAAAUGACCUCAUUAGCCACUCACCCCUUGAAGACCCCCAGAGUAAUGCAGCUUGGGAGAAAAACUUAGUUGAAAAGUUUAACAGAGAAGAAAACAUCUUUCUACGGAGAAGUGUGAAUGACGAUGCCUUUCAGAGGAUGACUGAGAAAAAAAUUCAGACCAUGGAAGAACAGCCUGAUAUACUAAGAGAAAAAAUAGGACAAGACUCUCUGCUUUCACAGGGAAGCAAAACUAAAAAAGCUCUUCGGUCUUGUUCCUUGAAGAAUGAAAGAUCAGGAUCAAUGACAACCAAACCAAUGUCUUAUAAGAAUAUCAGAAGUCCAGCACCUGUACAUAAAAAGAAACCUUCACAUGGUCCUCAUGGACUGGUUAGAACUUCUGGCUAUGGGAAACCCAGUUUACUUUCAAAGCAGUCUUUUCCAGUUAGUGAAAAAAAAACACCAAAAGAAACUUUCAAAAAUGCCUGUGUGAAAGCCAAAAGUCCUGCAGAUAGAGCAAAAUCUAAAGAAGCCUUAUUUGCUACUAGGAUAAUAAGAUCUGCAACAAAUGAACCGACUUUGGAGGGAAGUAUUAACAGAGUUUUGUCUGGCCAAUCAGUUGUUAGUAAUCUUGGACACCAGGCUGGGGAUUAUAACAGGCAGUAUCAUCAUGACUUACCAUUUUCCCCUUUCAAAAGCUGUGAUAGAGAGCUGUAUUUGUUAAAACGAGUACAAGCAGCAGAGGAGGACCUGAACACAGCUCGGGAUUUGGUUCAACAGCUGGCCAGUAAGCUUUCACAAAAGGAGAAGGAGAUGGAGGUUAAGGUAGUGGAACUGAAAACACAGCACGAGAAGGAGCUUUCCCAUCUGGGUCAAGAAAACUAUGUUCUUCAGAGCAAGCUAAGAAAUAUGGAAGAGAUGGCCCAAGAAAAGAGGUCAACCCAUGCAGCAACAAUUCCUGUAACUGAGGAAAAACUGGCACAAAUACAAAAAGAGAUUGAAGAUCAAGAGGUCAUUAUUCAAGGUUAUCAACAGGAAAAUGAGAGGUUAUACAAACAAAUGAAAGAGCUACAAAUCCAAAAUAAAAAAAACGAAGAACGAAUGUUUAAGGAGAAUCAGUGCAUAAAGUCUGAAUUAAUACACUUAAGAGAAAAGCUAGAGAAGACCAGUAACCAGUCACGAAUCAUGCAGGAUUCUGAGUCAGCCAGAAAUCAGAGUUUCACAGAAUUGAUUUCAGAGCUUCGAGCAGCACAGAAAGAAGAAGCUAAAUUACAAGAAGAGAUAAGACGUCUAAAACAAGAUAAACAAGCUCUUGAGGUAGACUUGGUACAAGCCAAGAAAGAGAGAGAUUUAGCAAAAGUCCAGAUUGCAUCUGCAUCAAGUGAGAAGUCUUAUGAAUUUAAAGUUAUGGAAGAGUCAUACAAACAGGAAAUUACUAAUUUAAAAAAAAGACUUCAGUGGUAUGCAGAAAAUCAAGAUCUUCUGGAUAAAGAUGCGGCCUGUCUUAAAGAUGCAAGAGAAGAAGUUGAAAAACUAAGACUAGAGGUUGAGAAGCUCAGAGCUGAAGCAGGAGAUCAGUGUGUGCAACAGAAGAAACGUUUGCGAGACAGAGCAGCAGAUGCUAAAAGAAUUCAGGAUCUUGAGCGACAGAUCAGAGAAAUGGAAGGAAUUCUAAAAAGAAGGUAUCCAAAUUCCUUGCCUGCUUUGAUUUUUGCUGCUGCUGCUGCUGAGAAAACAAAUGAUCUUUCAGCUAAAACAAACACAGUUGAAUUUUUGGAGAGAAGAAUAAAGAAAUUAGAAACAGAACUUGAAGGUAAAGAUGAUGAAGCUAAGAAAAGCCUCCGUGCCAUGGAACAACAGUUUCAAAAAAUAAAGAUACAGUAUGAACAAAGACUUGCAGAGCUUGAGCAGCUGCUUGCCUACGAAUUUAUGAAUGAAACACCAAAACUGAAUGGUGAUAAAGCCACUUCAGCAGAACUUGAACAGGAGCUUCAGAAUUUAAAGAAAACCCAUCAGAUCACUGUUGGAAACCUCCAAACAGAAAUUGAAAAUCUUAAAAGUCAAAAUUCCCAAUUAAAACUCAUAAGUAGAAAUGAUAAUAAAGACUUAGAGUCCAUGGACUCUAAGAUGAAACAAGGUAACACAAAAGACAGGUUGUUAAAACUAAAUGAAGAACUGGUCACUAAAAACAGAGAAAUACAAGACCUCACAAAAACGGUAGAGAAACUUCAAAAAGAAAGGAUGGUGAUGUUGUCUGAUAAUAAUUUGAGAAAUAAAACAAACACUUAUGGAAACUCUACAGAAGUCUCAAAAAAGAAUACCUCAGCAACAGAUAGAAGGAAUUCCAACACUGAACCCUGUCUAAGCAUUUUCAAUGAUGACAAAGUACACCAACCAGAUACCUUUUCUGAUUCUCAUCUCUCGGAAGUUCUGCAAGAAAAUGCACAUCUGAAAGAGGAGCUGGAGAGAUUGUCCCUAGAAAUGAGCCAGCAGCGGGUGAAGUCUCAAGCAGCGCUGGCUUAUUCUGAAAGUAACAUUCGAAGGAUGCAGGAAGACACAGCAGAAUACAUUGCAUCUCUGAAAGCUUCCCACCAGAGGGAAGUCGAGAAGAUUGUUUGCCAGCAUGCAAAGGAACAUUCUACUUCUAAAGUAGCUGAACUAAAGAACAGAAUUUCAACACAGGAGAUAUUAAUAAAACAUCUUCAAGAACAACUUGGUGAACAAGAGAGACGUCAAGAAGCUCUUCUAGUUUCACAGAUAAGAGAGCAGCUCCUACAAAAAGAGGUGACAAAAUUGUUGGAAGAACUGAGAGAGGCUAGGGAGAGCCAGAGUCCUGAAAUGAAACAUUUCUUGUGCCUGGAAAAGAAAAUCAAGCAUAUAGAGAGCAGACAUGCAGAAAGAGAGCAUGAAAUUCAAAAGGCAACCCAACUAACACAGCACAUUUCUGAGGUAAGGCAAACCCAGGAGGUUGAGAGGUGGCGAAGGCUGGCACAGCAGAAGAACCAGGAACUGGAGAAAUUUCGAAUGGAAUUGGAUUCAAUACUAGAUGUUUUACGUGAACUGCAGAAACAAGGGGUUAUUAUUCCUGCACCUGAUUCCAGUGGAUUCGGAGUGACAGCUGUUGGAAGGCCUGAGUAGGUAGUAGUUAAGUACAGCAGCAGAAUUUUAAUAUUCUAAGUUAUGUAUAAAAAAUGUUAUCGAAAAUCAUUAUUGUAAUGUGUAUAAAUCACACUGCAUUCUGAUCUUCUCUGAAAUAUCUCAUGUCCAGAGGCAGAUUUACAUUGAGCAAUACUCUAGUCAUAUUGUAUGUCUUCUAUUUUAUUAGUAAUAAAUUUGUGUAUUUUUUUAAUAGGAGUAGUGAGGUUAUUCCAUAAAUUCAACUACCACUGAAAAAGUUCUUCUUUCACAGACUUUAGAAUAUGCCUGAAUAUUUUUAACUUUGAUUUCUAACCUGGCUUAUAGUGAUUCCCUUGCAAAAAAUUUGAGUAGUAAGCUGUUUGGUUUGUAUGUUUAGUUUAUAGGAUAAAUGCAUUUCAUUCCAUAGUGCAGGAAAAGUGUCUUUUUCCAAUAUUUGCUUGUCUCCCUCCAGUUCAUAUAAUAUUCAUUCACUUAUCUUUAAGACCUCUUUCCACUUUAAUGAAUUAUUGGAGGGCUGGAGCAGGGCAGGCAUUCCCUGCUGGUGCUUAGAUUCAAGCUGUUCUUUGUUUCCUUUUCACAUAAUUCCUUUUGUGCUGGUAAUGAUGGCAGAGUGGGUCUAGCUGAAUUCUUACAGGGCAGAUACAGAAAAAAACCUAUAAAAUACAGUGUGAGAGUAGUUAUUGGUGUCCCUUUUUAAAGGGAAGUCUGUACUGAUAAGGUUUUUACAAUGGGCUGUUCAGGAUCUGACAUAGUAAGCACCUCUGUAGGUGAUCUUGACAGAGACCAGUCAGAUGUAAUUACGGUGUGCUAAAGCUCAGACUUGAGGGAUGUGUAGGUGGGGAAAUGUAAAGUUAAAAUAUUGAGCAAGUUAGGAAAGGGACCAGGGAAACAAAAACAAAAUGAAAACAAAACAAGACCACACCACCAAAAACAAAAAACCAGAACCACCACCCAGCCAAAAGCCAGACCAAAAUACCAAACGUGGAGGUAACUUUCUGCUGAGCUGACAGGCAUCAUGGCAGGUAACACACUGAAUGUUGGAGGCUGUUGCCUUCUCCCUCUCCUCAGGCCUAGUUACACACCUAUGCUGUAGAGCAGGUACAUAGGAGCAAUUCCUACUGUAGCACAUAAAUGAACCUUAGAGUGCUACGCUUUUAGGCUCUUCUUUGAAGAAAGAGAUGGACCCAGUGGAGGGAAAGAAGAAUCAUCACUCCAGGAAAUAUAUAUAUAUAGUAAUUAAAAAAGGAUGGACAUUGCCAAUUAAUAUGGUAAGCUUGGUUGGUCCAUGUCCAGGUAUUUUCAGUAUUUCUAUUCUGUCCCCAUCUAAAAAAGUAUUAGUCUUUAUUCAUAAAACGUGUAAAUAUAAAAAUGCUUUGUGUAUAAAGUAUCAGCUAUGCGUAAAUAUUAUGCAUUUUCUUGAUUUGGAUCUGUUCUGGAAAUGAAAAAGAUAAAAACUGAAUCAUUUCAACUAAUUUAUUUCCUGUACAAUUUUCUAUUUAUGUAACCCUGUAUUAAAAGUGUGUGACCUGAA